AUGAGUUUAUCGGAAUGCGGUCAGGAAACUCGUGAUUUCUCCUUCAUUGCGUUGAUCUUAGUGGACUUCAGGCAACGUGUUAUGCUAUCCGUGCCUAGGGUCGCAUUGCGGCGUGGCACAGUAGCGGCAGAGUUAUCAUCUCGAGCCGUAUUCUACAGAAGGCAGCAGGUGCGGUGUAUAUCAGCCAAUGAUGUUUUCAAGUAUACUGCUCAAACAACGCCAGAUGUUCCACCUAUGCCUUUACCACCACCUCCAGCGAGAACUAUUGAGGAAAUGGUUGAGGCGGGAGAGUCUGUUCUUGGUGAGUUAGGGUUGCUUUCUUGGUGGAAGCCAUCGAGUUACUUUCGAAUGGCGCUAGAAGGUAUUCAUAUGCAUGUAGACAUCCCGUGGUGGGCGACGAUAGUGUGCGCAACCGUUGCUCUUCGGCUUGCUUUAAUCAUAGUGCCUAUCAUGUCUCAGCGUCUGGUAGCCAAACAAAGCAAGUACAAAAAGGAGCUCGAUGAUUUCCGGACUCGAUUAGAAGAUGCCCGAAAGGAAGGCAAUAACUUACUGCAACAACAAAUAUUCUUGGAGCAGCGUGAUUUCUUAAAAUCAAAGGAUAUUCGACUAGGACGACAGUUCUUCAUUCUUUUGGCCAAUGGAGGUGUUUUUGCCACUCAGUUUUUCGCGAUUCGAAAAAUGGUCGAUGUUAAUUAUCCCGGAUUAUCAACGGGUGGCACAGCUUGGUUCACAGACUUGACCGCUGCAGAUCCUUACUAUGCUUUGCCAUUGAUCAGUGCGGUGACAAUGGGUUUGGUGACGAGGGUUGGUAUUGAAAUGGGUACGUCAGCAGAUCAGAUGACACCAAUGAUGCGUCUUGGUAUGCAGUAUGCUUUACCUGUUAUCAUUUUUGCUGUUAGUUCUCAGUUUGCGACGGGUUUAUGCGUUUACUGGUGUGCAUCGAACUUUAUUUCGUUAAUAUAUGCCGGCGCAUUUCGGACUCCAGCAAUCAGGAAAUUAUUCAAUAUCCCACCUUUGGUACAUCAAUCUAAGUCCAAGAAAACAAAAAGCACGAUUAAGGAGCUUAUGGCGAAUUAUAAAGCGAACAAAUCGAUACCGCCGACUUUUGCACAACUGAAAGAGCAGGAUCUCCAACAAUUUAAAAAGGCUGGCCGAGGUGGCGGACAAUGGGCUAAUCGCGAUCAAAAGCGACCUUGUACCUGCCCUGAGAUGCAGGUGGCUUCAAGGGAUGGACUCCCUGCUUAUGCUGUGCCAGGAUCGGCUCAUAAUACUACCGUGCCGGCCAAAAGCCUGUAA